ACCCGUUCAAUCGAGCCCUCAUUCGGCCUGCUCUUCGGCGAUUUGCUGCGCGAUCUCGAUGUCGGCACCACCGGCGCUGCGGUUAUUAUGAGCACACUCGAUGUGUGCAUGAAUUUCUCAGGGCUCUUUGUCGGACCGCUACUCAAGGAGUUUUCGUACCGAAAGGUGGCUGUCGCCGGCUCAUUAUUAUGCGGCAUAGGCUUGGCGGCCACCUCACCCGCAGCCAGCAUGACACACAUACUCAGUACGUACAGUGUGAUCAACGGCAUUGGCGUCGGACUUUCAACAUCUGCCGCCUUUGUCGCGCUUAAUCACUACUUCAAGAACAAACGCGGACAAGCUGUUGGAUUAUCCAUGGCUGGCACAGCCUUGGGUAUGCUGAUAAUGCCACAACUGGUACGUGUUCUGCUCGAAGCGUUCGGUUUUCGUGGUGCUGUGCUAAUGUUGGCCGGUGUAGCAUUAAAUUCCACAGUCGGUGCUGUGCUCUUGCAGCCCGCCAAGUGGCAUAUGAUCGAUGAAGUGAUCGAUGAGGAAAUGAUGACGGUGCCGGUGUCGCCACCCACACCGGACGUUAAAGUCAUACGGGAGGAUGGCAACGAAGAAGACGCGUUACCUGAGCUAAACACGUUACUCUUUUCCAAGCAGCAAUAUAUGCGCAAGAAUUACUCUGAAAUAGCGAUGAACACAAUGAAUGGUACGCGCACAGGCAUGCCAAAGCGUCCCACGUUUCCGCGCAUAAUGUCGCUAGCCGGCGUGCAAUCGGCGGUGAAUACUAGCCAGUCUAAUUCAGAUGUGAAUACGACACUACGCAAUCGCAAACAUUCGGUUACAUCGAAUCUGUCUUACAUGGAUUUCACCGGUUCCAUACUGCAGGUGCACAUGAAUGUAGGCGAUGAAGAGUUUGAGCGCAAUGAUCGCGAGUUGAAGCGUGUCAACACUGCGACGGGUGGCAUGGCGAAUGCGCAUCGCGAUUCAUUCAUUAAAAUGCGCCCUGCAGAGACUGAUCAAUAUGAAGAAUCACCGGAGAAGGAGAUGGAGAAGAAACCCGGCUUCUGGCGACGUUUCGCUGAUCUCAUGGAUGUUGAUUUAUUGCGUGAUAAAAUAUUUCUAAACAUACUUUUCGGACUGUCCAUCUUCUACGUCGGCGAGAUGAAUUUCAAAAUGGUUACGCCAUUCUUUUUUGCCAAUCUCGGCUACAAUAAAACAGAUGUUGCCUUCUGCCUGUCCAUAACGGCCAUCACAGAUAUUUUAGCGCGUAUAAUACUCCCGCCCAUAUUCGAUCGUACUACCAUCAAGAAGCGCACUGUGUUCUUGGUUUCCAUCAUCUUUGUGGGCAUCACCCGUUCGAUUAUGGCUGAGCAAACCGGGUGGACCCAACUGAUGGUUUGGCUAUCGAUAUGUGGUUUCUUCCGUGGCUCCGCCUUGGCCAAUUUCACACUAACUGUUUCCGAGUACUGUUCGCUGGAGAAAUUACCCUCCGCUUUCGGUUGGCAUUUGGUUGGCAAAGCCGUAUUUGUCAUCUGUCUGGGGCCGCUGAUCGGUCUUAUACGUGACGUCACAACCAGUUACCCCAUUUGUAUACACGCACAAACAGUUUGUAUAUUCCUUUGUGUUAUCGCCUGGACGAUCGAGUAUGCGAUCACAUAUUUGAAAGAGAAGAAGCAAACGACGGCAGAGGGUGGCAUUAAUGCCACAAUUGGACCAGAAACUAUUAUCAAACACUAACACGUGCUUAAUACGAGUAUCACAGGAUAGUUAAGAAAUACAUACAUGCAUAUUUUUAUAAAAAUAUUUCAGUGAAACUUACACUAAACUACAUACUUGUAUGAGGAAUACAAGCAUGCAGAUACGCGCAAAGGCAUUUAUGUAUGUACAUCUGGUAAAUGUUCGUUUAUGCAACGGAAAAAAUAGUUAUGUAGUUAACAAAAUGAAGACGAGUAUAUUAAUAAUUAAAUAUAGUACCUAUGUAGGCAUGUAUGUACGUAUGUGAGUUAGAAUGUAAUGAAUAAGCGCAAUUCACAAAUAAUGAAAUGAUCGAUAAUGAAGUGCUUAAAUCCACAUGCAUUCGUUUGUAUGGAUGUUUACUUACAUGUAUGUAUGUAUGUAUGUAUGUAUGUGUGAAAUUUGCAAUUUUCAAUGUGAUAGUUCAAAUUAUGCUUAUAGAUCGUAAGGUUAGACGUACGAUGAGUGUGUCUGUCGGUGUUACACUGAAAUUGUACUAUUUUUUUAUACAACUUUCUAACAAACACAAUAACUACCUACAAUAAAUACAUUUGUAAUGAAAAUGUGUUAGAAAAUAAACGUUGAACUUGAUCGUAUAGGUAUUCAUUACCUUAUUAUAGAAAGGCCCUAAGUAAUUUUCUUUCGAAAUUCAACUCUGUACAAAAGUCGGCAGAUUACUGAACAAAAACCUUAUCAAAUUUAAAAUCAACAACUACAUCAAAAAAUUUGUUUCUGUGUUUAUUAA